GAUUGCAUGACUUAAGUCGUGAAAGAUAUUUCGGCAGAGCCUAUCUGUUAACCUAAUGGUCUCAUUUUAAUAGAGCAAAAUGAAGUUUUUACUGGGGGAAAAUUGUUUCCAAAUCAAACAAGAUGAACAAGUUGGAGUACGCUGGAGCUAAAAGUUUGGAAGAUGUGUAAUUCCGUAUUUGUUUACUAUUUAAACAUUCCUAUCUGGAUCAGAAAAACCCUUUGGUCUGCUCUCGUCGGCUCAGCAAGACCCCUGCAGAUUUAAAGACCUGGCGCACGGCGGGGUCGCUGCGGGUUUCACCAGCGGGCGCCAGACCCGUCUCUGCUCGCCCAUGGCCCGGAAAGGGAUCUCAGUCGCCAGGAAGUUUCCCCCGGCACCCAGGAGCCUCGGCCCCGGCCCGAGGGGACGUCUUGGGCCGUCCGCACCUCCCCGCCCCGCGCCGAGGCAGGGAGAUGCGCCCGCGCGCGCAGCCCGCGUUGCUCCUGCUGCUGUUCGUGCGCGCCGUGGUCCCGCAGGCGCGACCCCCGCGUUCCCACUCUCUGCUCUACCUCUUCAUGGGCGCCUCCCAGCCUGACCUCGGGCUGCCCUUGUUUGAGGCUUUAGGUUACCUGGACGACCAGCUGUUUGUGUCCUAUGAUCAUGAGAGUCGCAGAGCAGAGCCCCGGGCCCUGUGGCUCCAAGGUGGGACCUCGAGCCAGCUGUGGCUGCAGCUAAGUCAGAGCCUGAAGGGGUGGGAUCAUAUGUUCACUGUUGACUUCUGGACAAUCAUGGACAACCACAACCACAGCCAAGGGUCCCACACCCUGCAGGUGAUCCUGGGUUGUGAGGUGCGAGAGGACAACAGCACCAGGGGCUUCUGGAAGUAUGGGUAUGAUGGCCAGGACCACCUGGAAUUCUGCCCCGAGACGCUGGAUUGGAAAGCAGCAGAGCCUGGGGCCCAGGCCACCAAGCUGGAGUGGGAAGUGCACAAGAUUCGAGCCAAGCAGAACAAGGUCUAUCUGGAAAGGGACUGCCCCGAACAGCUGCAGCAGUUGUUGGAAGUGGGGAGAGGGGCUCUGGACCAGCAAGUGGCUCCUUCGGUGACGGUAACACGCCACAUGUCCUCUGCCACCACCACUCUGCGGUGUCGGGCUCUGCACUUCUACCCCCCAAACAUCACCAUGCAGUGGCUGAAGGACAGGCAGCACCUGGAAGCCAAGGAUGUGGAGCUGAGGGCCGUGCUGCCCAACGGGGAUGGGACCUACCAGGCCUGGGUGGCCUUGACUGUGCCCUAUGGGGAAGAGCAGAGAUUCACCUGCUGGGUGGAGCACCCAGGCCUGGACCAGCCCAUCACUGCCACCUGGGAGCCCUCACUGUCCAGCAGCUUGGUCAUCGGAAUUGCUAGUGGGAUCACUGUUUGUGUCCUUAUCGUCUUUUUUGGAAUUUUGUACCGAAUAUUCAAGAAGAGACAGGCUUCAAGAGGAGCCCUGGGGGACUACGUCCUAGCCGAGUGCCAGUGAAGCAGCCCGUGGACUCAUCGCGGGCAGGAGACGCCACGGGAGACUCUAGGAGGGCACUGGCUUGUGGAGCUCUUCGUGUUUCAUGACGGAGUCACAUGUGACAGACAGAAACUCUGUUCUCGGCCUGCCCUGGUCAUUUCCCGACAAAGCUUCCCACCUAGGUCUUUGGGGUCCUGCAUGCCAGGGCUCCCCGGCGGCCCCCAGAACUUGCUCUCAGGGACCUCAGGCUGCUUCCUGAGAUUUGCUUGAUUUUGUCCAUUGCCUCAGACCCCCUACGCCUGUGCAAUCUGACCUCCUACCUCUGGGAAAAGCUCAUUCAAUGUGGGGACUCAGCAUUCAUUUUAGUAGCUGAGAAAAGCAGAUACUAUUCCCUCUCCCCACACACACACACCUUUUUAAAGAGGAAGUAAGCGAGGUCUAGAUGACCGCCCAGCCUGCCUGGGAUCCAGACAGGUUUCCAGCAUCCAGGCUGGGAUGCGUGGAGGUGACACGGAAGGUGCCCGCCGGGACCGCUCUGCUCUUGUCUCUGUUUCUCAGUGAGCCUCCUGCAAAUGAAACCGCAGACAACAGCUAGCUGCUCAGCGGCCUUGUUUCAGAGUCCCUGCGGGAAGGACCUGGGACGCGCCUCCCUUACUCUGCGGUCCCUCUCUGUGGCCCCUGUCCCCUCAGCCAGGGCUGUGAGUUUGGGACACAGCGCCUCCCCUCGGCCGGUGCCUCCACAGUCGGAACCUGGCAGCACUUGCCUCCACCCACGGACGUGGCCUCUCUCUUGUCAAGCCAGCAAGUGAGUAAAAAGCGGAAGCCCAGGCUGCCUCCUGUGUUGUAGAGUCUGGUUCUCCUCUCCAGUUGUGGUUGUGCAAUUAAAGACAAAUUAACCAAGCCAGACCAGUCAGGAAUUACUAGAUUUUGGGAAACUGACUCAUCUGACCUUGUUCAAAAGAAUCUUAACAUCUAGCCCCAGAUAGCAUGUGUUUACUUUACGUCACAGUGUGCAUAUCCUGCCUAACUCUGGCACAAGCCUCUGUCUUGGAAGGCAGGUGUUUCAGAAACCUGAUAUGGCUUUGAAGUUCAUUUGGUAGGCACAGAAUUUGACCAAAGAUAUCACAGCAUUUUAAAAGCUUUAUCUUUUGCUCAUAUUAUGAAACUGAUGUGAAGGAAAGUAAAAAUAAUUUAAGUAAUUUGCAAUCAUAGAAAAUUUGAAAAAUGAAUAAAAUUAGUUAUUUCAUUAGUCAGUGAUAAAUUCUUGUAACAUCUGUUAUUAAUAUAUUGAAAUACAUGUAUUCAUACAUUUAGUAUUAUUGAUACUAGUAUUAUUUACCUGUUAGUAUUAUUGAUCUUUUGAAAUAUAUGAAAUUAACAAAUACCUAUUUUAAUUAAUGUACCAUGGCAUUGUAUACUAUGAAAUUUUGCUGUUCUUGUCCUUGUGGAUAUGCUUAAUGAUUUUGUAAUGUGUGGGACAUUGACAUUGCUUUCUUGUUUUCAACAUGUUGUCUUAUGGAAUAUUUUCAUUCAAUGGUGGUAGUUAGUUAUUUUCUUCACUCUAGGAACAUGAUUGUCCAAGUUGUAGGAUGCUGGUUAUUGUAUCUACAAACCAUGCUGAAAGCAGGUCGCCAAGUUUCUGUAAUCAUCUGCUCAAAGCAGAAGAGUAAAUUACAGUUAAGUAAUGGAUUAUUUUAUAUUGGUUACAUUUCAGAGAAACGUAACACUAUUCAUUGGCAGCUAUCAGGAAUGGUUAACCUCUAUUUUCUUUCAGUGUUUCUUAGAUUACUUUGUCUGGCUUUGUUCAUUAGUUUUUAAGGCCAACUACAUUUGAAAAAUCGAAAACCUACCUUGUAAAUUAUCUCUUAUUUAGCUUGGGGUAAAACUGCACAGAUUUGGCAUUUUUCCCUACAUUUAGCAGGGAGAACGAUGCCACCUGGUGGCCAAGUCCAGUGCAUCAGGCUUAUCACAAAAUCGCAGAGCCUGGGGACUUGGAGUUUGGUGAGGGUAAAGGGCUGGAUGGAUUGGUGGUCUGGGCAUCACCUGUAGAGAAAAGACCCUAAAAAUCAGGAAAUAAGCUGGAAGCCGCUAACCUGCCGCUGGAAUCGCUGGGAUCAGAGAUUACUGCUACAUUGCGUGAACCGGGAGCAGAACAGAAGGAAGCAACCCUGGUGACCUGUGAGUCUGGUACAGCAGGUGGUGGAGGGCUGCCGGGAGGCGCUGCCACGACUGUUGUCAUAGCGCCCCCUGCAGGUACUGUGUGUGCUUUGGGCAUUAUCAAACCUUCCUCGUGGGCACACACAUUGAAAAACGGUACUGCCUCAAAAACACCAGCAUUCCUCACAAGCUAAUGCUCUUAAAAUGCCAUUUAUUUUUCUGACCACACAGGCCAGCACCCAAAUUUCAUUUCAACAUGUGUGAGCUGGCAUUUGUGAUUUUGAUUCUCUUGCAGAUUCUAGGUUAUAAUUUGUGUUCCUUUUUUGCACCAGUUACUAGUUCUUGUCUGCUAACAUAAAAUCUUAAUAAAAUGUGAACGUAUUUA